GUGGAUGCGUUACCUCUGCUCCCAUCUGGGAAACUCGACCGGAAGAAGGUUACACAAUGGUUGGCUGAUAUGACACCUGAACUCUACCAGAGGGCAAUACCCGCGUUCCAUCAAUCUUUUUCCCAACACGAGCCUGCCACCAACGUCGAGAGAAUAUUGAGAUUUACAUGGUCACAUGUUCUUAACCUCCCAGAGAAGCAAAUCACGAUAGGCCGAUCUUGGAUCUCUCUGGGUGGGGACUCGAUAUCUGCAAUGCAGGUCAUGGCACAGUGCCGAAAGCGAGGCCUUGGUCUGGCAGUUCAGGAUAUCCUGCGUUGCAAGUCAAUCUCACAGCUCGCCUCGACUGUCAAGAAAUUUGAGAGUUCAUCUGACGACUUAGCCGAGGAUCUCGACAUCCCGUUCAAGCUCUCACCUAUACAAUCAUUGUGGUUCGAGCUUCCCAACCAAGGACAUGGCCACUUUAAUCAAUCCUUCUAUUUAAAAAUCAAUUCGAGGACUACCGAAGAGGAUUUUCGAACGGCUAUUGAGAAGCUUGUGAUUCGUCACUCCAUGCUUCGAGCGCGUUUUCAAUUAUCAAAUGUCAAUGGCUGGCAACAAUGUGUCACCGACGAUAUUCAAGGCUCAUUCCGAUUUCGGCAUCAUGUGGUGUCCACGAAAAGCGAGAUAGAUGACGGAAUAGAGGACUCGCAGAAAUGUCUCAAUCCCGAACGAGGACCACUUUUCGCCGCCGAUCUCUUCGACUUCGGUGAUGAGCAGCACACCUUUCUCGUUGCAAAUCAUCUUGUGAUAGAUCUGGUCUCGUGGAGAUUAUUACUGGAGGAACUGGAGGACAUCCUACGAGGUGAUAGUCUUCUUCCCCAAACCAUUCCAUUCCAGAAAUGGUGCCGGCUCCAAGAGGAUCAAGCUGACACACUCCAUCUCAAACGGUUGCUACCCUCUGAUUCUGCUGAGAUACCUUCUUUGGACCUCACCUAUUGGGGAAUCGAGUCUACCGAUAACACAUAUGGGAAUUCUGGGCACGAGAGCUUUGAGCUAGACACAGAACUUACCUCAAUGUUUCUGAAUGAGUGUCACAACUCACUUCGGACAGAGCCUGUAGAAGUCCUGUUAGCUGCAUUAAUUCAUGCUUGGCCAAAAGCCUUCAACGAUCGUCCAAUUCCCGCUAUAUUCAACGAAGGACACGGACGCGAACCGUGGAACUCGGACAUUGACGUCUCCCGCACUAUUGGGUGGUUCACCACUGUGUAUCCCAUCUUUGUUCAGCCCCACGAAAACCCCAUCGGGACCGUUCGCCGUGUCAAAGACUUCCGCAGGCAGAUCCCAGCGAAUGGUCGGCCGUACUUCGCUCGCAGAUGCCUCACACCUGAGGGCCAGGAGUAUUUCAAAAAUCAUUGGCCCAUGGAAAUCUCUUUUAACUACCUCGGCCAAUAUCAGCAACUUGAGCGAUCUGAUGCUCUCCUUCAACCUCUAGAGAGCAUGGCCGGAGAGACUCGGGAGGCUGGAGGAACAGCUGACGUUGGACAUCAUGCACCCCGAUUCGGCCUUUUCGAAAUAUCGGCCAUCAUUUUUAAGGGUCGCCUCCGCUUCGCGUUCACAUUCAACCGCCACAUGCGCCACCAGGAGUGCAUCCGGCAAUGGAUAUCCAGCUCUCGCGAAGUCUUGAAGCACAUGACUGAAAAUCUGGCCUUGAUACCUCCGGAACCGACCUUAAGUGACUUUCCCCUGCUCUCUUUGACGGAGGAUCGUUUCCAAUCGAUGCUUCGCCGGCUUGCAAAUCUUGGUAUUUUUGAGACAGACAUCGAAGAAGUCUAUCCUUGCUCUAGCAUGCAGGAAGGCAUACUCCUCUCCCAGACCAAGGAUGCUGGAUUCUAUGCUGCCGUAACUACCUAUGAGGUUACGUUAUCGCAUGCUGUACCAGAGCGGCAGCGACUGGCUGAUGCUUGGAAGAAAGUCGCUCAACGGCACUCAUCGCUUCGCACAAUAUUUCUUGAAAAUGUCUCACCCGAAGAUGGCUUAUACGCCCAGGUUGUGCUCAAGAGAGCUAAUCCAAACGUUAUUCAAUUUGAUUGCGAUGACGAGGAACAUGCCAUGCAAAUACUGGAGAGGCAAUGCUUGGUCAGCUAUGAUAACAGACGGAGCCCACCACAUCGCUUCACUCUCUGCAGCACAACUACAGGGAGGCUCUUCUGCUGCCUCGAAAUCAGCCAUGCCAUUAUGGACGGUCACUCAAUGGGCCUACUAUUCCACGAUCUUCGUGCCGCCUACAAUGGCUCUCUUAGUGAAGACGGUCCACUAUACAGCAAUUAUAUUGCAUAUUUGAUGGAACAGCCUGUAAAUCCUAGUCUCGAAUACUGGCGAUCCUAUCUCAGCGGUAGCGAAAUCUGUUCAUUCCCGGUCCUCAAUGACGGUGUCUCGGCGGAAAGAAAGCUACUCUCAACCCGAUUAGACUUUGGCAGCCUCAACAUUCUAGAUCUCCAGAAUUUCUGCCACACUCACAGUAUCACCCUAUCAAAUAUUUUCCACGCCGCCUGGGGUCUUACGUUGAGUUCCUAUGUAGGAUCUACCGACGUCACGUUCGGAUAUCUCACCUCUGCAAGAGACGCAGAAGACAUUCCUGGAGUAGAAGACAUUGUCGGCCCUUUGAUCAAUACCCUCGUCUGCCGUGUGAACUUUUCAAAUGGCCCACAUUGCCUUUUGGACGUUCUUUGCGAUGUUCAACGAGACUACCUGAAUAGUCUUCCACAUCGACAUACUUCUCUGGCAGAAGUCCAGCACACUAUGCAGCUAUCAGGCGCUUCUCUAUUCAACACUGCCUUGUCAUAUCGAAGAAUUUCUUCAAAUUAUGAUGCUGAGGGCGCAGGCCUCCGGCUCAUAGAGGUUGUACCUUUGCAGGAUCCUACAGAAUAUCCUGUUUCACUAAACAUCGAAGUCACUGAAGAAGUUACUAUAGCCGACCUCGACUACUGGACAGACCAUCUUUCCGAGGGCCAGGCAGCAAAUGUUGCAAGCACUUUUGUUCGGGCAUUGGAAAUCAUCGUUUUCCACGCUAACGAGGAUCUCUCUUCCCUAGACUAUUUAAGUACUAAGCACUGGCAACAGAUUCUCAAUUGGAAUAUCUUGCCUCAAACUCUGGACGAAUGUGUACAUCACAGGUUCGACUCCCAAGUUCAGGCGUUUCCUGGUGCGCUUGCUAUUCGAGGGUUCGACGGCGAUUACACUUACGCUGAGCUAAACUCGGCUGCUGAUCGCCUCGCACACUAUCUCGUUGAGCUUGGCGUCGAGCCCGAGGUCUUUGUACCUACCUGCUUCGACAAGAGCUCCUUCGCGGUGAUCGCUAUGCUGGCAGUUCUCAAGGCUGGGGGUGCAGCUGUCCCUCUUGAUGCUAAUCACCCGAAGCCCGCUUUAGAAUCUCGCAUCGAAGAUACUCGAGCACAAGUAGUUUUGACGUCGGCUGCUCGCUCGGAGCUUUUCGAAGAUAUAGUUCCCAACGUUGUUAUUGUAGAUUCGAUUCUUCUAGAUGAUUUGCCGCACGAGAAUGGGCCGGCUUGCACAUCAGUCGAACCGCAAAAUCCAGCAUUUGUCAUCUUCACGAGCGGUAGUACUGGGAGGCCAAAGGGUGUCGUUCUGGAGCACGCAGCAAUGGUAACAAGCGCCAAUGCUCACGGCACCAAUCUUGGUAUAGGGCCAGGCUCGCGAUUCCUCCAGUUUGCCAGUUACACAUUCGACAACUCCCUUGAAGAGAUGUUCACUACUCUUCAGAGAGGCGGCUGCGUCUGCGUGCCUUCUGAAGAACAACGGAUGAACGAUCUCCCUAAUGCUAUUGCUGAGUUGGAUGCGAACUUUAUGGAUUUAACACCAACUGUGGCCGCUUUACUGAACCCAGAAGACGUACCAACCAUUACGGGUAUGGCCCUCGGUGGCGAAGCUCUGACAAAAGCUGUUGUUGACCAGUGGAGUAAUCAUGUGCAUCUUCAUGGGCAAUAUGGACCAAGUGAAGCAUCCAUAAACUCGGCGUGGAAAGACUUCAAGCAUGGUGGUGAACCUACCAAUAUCGGUCGGGCCAUCGGAAGCGUGUCCUGGGUAGUGCACCCAGAGAAUAGGAAUCGACUCGUGCCUAUCGGGUGCAAAGGAGAACUCCUAAUCGAAGGGCCUAUCCUUAGUCGUGGCUAUCUGAAUGAUCCAGAAAAGACUGCUGCUGCAUUCAUUGAAGAUCCCGAGUGGACUCUAGCUGGAGGCAUUUCAGGGCGCAGAUUCUAUUGUACUGGUGACCUAGUAUAUUACACGUCGACAGGAGAGAUGAUGUACCUAGGAAGGAAGGACAGCCAAGUGAAGUUGAAUGGUCAGCGCGUCGAGCUUGGUGAGAUUGAGCACCAUCUCAAGCUCAACCUACCCGCUGAAGCACAGUCAGCGGUCGAACUAGUCGCAUUUUCAAGUCCUACGCCCUUUAAGGCGCUUGCAGGCUUCCUCUGUCUUGCCGAAGAGUCCUCCAACCCUGUCAACGAUACGAAGGCCAAUAUAGGGCCUAUGACUGACUCCGUACUGGAAAUUGCGAAAGAACUUGAGGGGGCCUUAUCGAGCACCCUCCCUGCGUAUUACGUUCCGUCAAUUUUCGUUCCGGUAACCAGCAUGCCCAUGACUACGUCUGGGAAGCUGGACAGAAAAGCGCUUCGACUGCUUAUCCAGUCGGUCAGUGAAGAUGAGCUUCUCACUUACAGGCUGGCAGGAAGGAGCGGUCGAGCCCCAUCCGGUCAUGUGGAGAGCGCGCUUGCAAGACUCUGGGAGACCAUUCUGAAUCUGAAGCCCGAUUCUGUUGGCGUGGAAGAUUCCUUCUUCCGGCGCGGGGGCGACUCAAUUGGGGCCAUGCGCCUAGUCGCAGCAAGCCGCCAGGAGGGUUUUGCGCUAAAUGUUGCAAGCAUUUUCGCUCAGCCAAAGCUUGUGGACAUGGCACGGACUGCCGUGGUUCUUUCAUCGGAUGCGCUGUCGGCGGAACCAGGGGACGCUGUGCCGUUCGAGCUUCUUCCCAAACACUCACGCCGAAGCAUCCUUGACUUUGCUGCGGCCGAAUGCGGAGUGUUUCCUGACUCGGUCGAGGACGUCUAUCCUUGCAGUCGAUUGCAAGAAGGUCUCAUCGCGCUUUCGACAAAGGAACCAGGCUCGUAUGUGGCAGAAACCGUGUAUCGCCUGCCGGCAGAUAUUGACAUCAACCGUUUCCGGCAUGCAUGGAAUCGAGUCGCAGCGACUGAGGCUAUACUCAGAACUCGUAUCAUCUUCACGGGCGACCAUGGCUUUUUACAGGUGGUCGUUCGUGAUAGUAUCGUCUGGCACGAGAUCGCUGACUUACAAGACAUCAAGGAAAUCGAUCGUCAACUCCCAGUAAAGCAGGGUGGUCCGUUGACCCGUUACACUAUUGCUGGUGAAGGAACCUCAUCCCCAUUCUUCAUCUGGGCUGCUCACCACAGUGUUUACGACGGCUGGUCAUUUCCAGCGUUACUACACAAGGUGGAAAGUUGCUACCACCAGACAGCGCUUCACCCGCUGGUUUCUAUUCCGUAUUCACGAUUCAUCAAAUAUAUUUCUUCUAUCGAUGAGAAGCAGUCUGAUGACUUCUGGCUCUCUACUUUCGAGGGUAUUUCUGCUCCCCAAUUUCCACAGCUUCCAGAUCCAGACUAUCAAGUUCAGGCUUCGAGUCAGCUCGUGCAUCAUAUUCCCAUCACUCGAAAAUCUAGGAUAGAAGUCACGAUGCCCUCAAUUAUUAGGGCAGCGUGGGGUUUGCUGCUGGCCACAUACUCUGGUUCUGACGAUGUGGUUUGGGGAGAAACAAACAGUGGUCGCGAUGUUCCCGUUCCUGGAGUUGAAGACAUUAUCGGAGCUACAAUUACGACCUCACCGAUGCGCCUGAAGCUGGAUCGCCAAGUAACCAUCUCACAAUAUUUGGAGGCUGUUCAACGCCAGUCUUCAGCUGCCUUGCCGUUCCAAUUCGCCGGCCUCCAACACAUUCGCAAACUCAGCUCCGACACCGCCGUAGCAUGCGAUUUCCAAAGCCUCCUCGCCAUCGUGGCCAGCGAUAGUAUGAAAGACCCCGAAGGUGGUCUUUGGGAUCUUCAAAGCACUGGAACUAUUGGCACCAACUUCUUCAACUAUGCUCUCAUAUUCAAUUGUACCGUAAAGCGGGAGGGUGUCGAUAUCGAAACUCAUUACGAUGAAAGGGUUAUCCAAACGUGGCUAGUUCAACGCCUUCUUCAGCAAUUCAGGUUCUUGCUAGAGCGUUUCAACUCCGUUGACGCAGCGCCGCAAACUCUAGCCGACUUCGACCUCCUAAAUCCUUCAGAUCAUGACGAGAUAAUGGCAUGGAACAGGAGACCUGUAAACACCAUCAAUCAAUGUGUUCACAACAUGAUAUUCCAGGACCAAGUUAUUCUACACCCCUCGGCAAUAGCUCUCGAGGCGUGGGAUACCGCACCCAUGACCUACAAAGAGCUGGAUGAGCGCGCAACUAGACUUGCUUCCAAAUUGAUGUCCUUGGGUAUCAAAAAAGCCUCGUACGUUCCAAUAUGUUUUGAAAAAUCUGGCUGGACAGUGGUAGCGAUGCUAGCGAUCAUGAAAGCUGGAGCGGCUUUCGUUCCCCUCGAUUUCGAAUCGCCUUUACUUCGACUCCGAGAGAUUGUACAGAACGUCGAAGCGAAAUUGAUUCUUUGCGCCCCACAGUACGAAGAAUUAUGCCAAUUGAUUCCCUGCAAAGCCCUUCGGGUAGAUCGAGAUGCAACCGAACGACACUCCGGCCGACUCUACACUCUCCCGUACGUUCAAAGUAAUACGCCAGCGUAUGUUAUAUUUACUUCCGGUUCUACUGGAAAGCCGAAGGGAGCGGUUAUAAGUCACUCCUCGUUCGUAUCUAGCUCGACAGCCUUCGCCCCAGCUAUGGGGAUCUCGAACACGUCUCGGGUUCUCCAGUUUGCCUCCUACACUUUCGACGCCUGCUUGAUUGAGAUUCUCAGCACUUUGAUGCUUGGUGGUUGCGUCUGUGUGCCUGACCAAGCUUCUCGAACGAACGAUCUCGCCGGCGUGAUCAACAAGUUUAAUGUUAAUUGGGCUACGCUUACCCCGUCUGUGGUUCGGACAAUCCAACCCUUUCAAGUACCACUACUGAAGACCCUAGUCCUAGUUGGAGAGGCUAUGUCGCAACAAGACCUAAUCACUUGGGCGGAUCGAGUCGUGCUAGGCAACGGGUAUGGCCCUACUGAAGCUAGUUGUAUAACCACGGUUAAUAUCAUGACACCCAAUACGGAGCCAAAUAAUCUUGGGAAAGCUGUGACUGCAAGAGGCUGGAUUGUCUCGAAAGAUAAUCACCACAUCCUAGCCCCUUUCGGUGCAGUUGGUGAGCUUUUGCUUGAAGGAGGGGGCGUAGGUACUGGAUAUUUGAACAAUCCUGAAAAGACAGCCGAAGCCUUCAUCAGCAAUGUGAAAUGGGCUUUCGGUGAUGAAGACCAAGAGGGAGGAGUUAAAAGAAGACUCUACAAAACUGGCGAUCUAGUCAGAUACAAUAAAGAUGGCACAAUGAUGUAUCUUGGACGGAAGGACAGCCAGACAAAGGUCCGAGGCCAGAGGCUCGAACUAUCGGAAGUGGAGCAUCACCUCAUCGAAGAUUCUCUGGUUCAGAAUGCGCUUGCGUCUGUCCCAACUAUUGGACCUUGCGCAAAGCGGCUCGUCGGCGUUGUGGUUUUACAGGAAACUGUUCCUCCAGACCAUCCUACCCUAGAAAUCCUUCCUCCGGAACUCUCAACACUUAAUAUCGCCACUAUUCGGGACCACAUUUGCGAACGCCUCCCGGCAUAUAUGAUUCCCUCUCUCUGGGUUGCUGUCUCCAGAUUCCCCUUGAUGCCUUCAGGGAAGAUGGAUAGACGGCGCGUACUCCAGUGGCUUGAACAAAUGGAUAACAAGACAUAUCGUACCAUAUCCACUGUCGGUUUAAGAAAGCCCAGGGACCAAACAACCUCCAUUGAAUUCAAGCUCCAAGCUAUUUUUGCGAACGCUCUGAAUUUAUCGCCGGAAGACAUCGGCCUCAACCAGUCCUUUUUGCAUCUUGGAGGCGACUCCAUUGCCGCCAUGCAAGUCUCUUCCCAGUGUCGCGGGCAGGGUCUUGCAAUCAGCGUCCAGGAUAUUAUUCGUUCCAAGUCAAUUGGCGAACUUGCGUCUAAAGUGUUGCUUACUAGUGAGAGCGUGGUGGGCACACCUAAGGAUGUGGUAUUUAAUCUUCCUUUCAACCUGACGCCUAUUCAAAGAGUGUUCUUCGACUCAGUGGGCCAAACUUACAACCACUUCAAUCAAAGUGUGGUUUUCCGCAUCUCUCGGCGCUUUGAUCUCCAUGAAAUUGAAACUGCUAUCACCUCCUUGGUGGCUAUACAUCCCAUGCUUAGAGGGCGUUUCUUUACAGAUGAGUCGAAGGCCUGGCGGCAGCGCAUCGAGAGUGAUACGAAGAAUUCUUUCAGACUAAGACAUCAUCGCAUACCCACCUCCACCGGCACCGGCACCGCCCUACAACCCGUGCUAGACGAGAGCCAGGCUACGUUAGAUGUUACCAACGGCCCUACCUUUUCAGUUGACCUUUUCGAAAUUGGUGAUACUUUCUCUCAGGCCAUCGCACUUGUUGCGCACCACCUUAUCAUUGAUGUCGUCUCCUGGGGAAUCGUUCUGGAGGACCUCCAAAAUCUACUGAAUGGUGUUUCUCCACCACCUCAAAGUCUUCCAUUUCAUACCUGGGCGCAACAACAAGGAGAACAAGCUAAGCAAGAGACGGCACUAAAAGUAUUUCCCAUCUCCGGUGUUCCGCUUGCUAACUUGGAAUACUGGGGAAUGGAUGAUAAAGCCAACAUAAACUCAGAUGUCAUCACAGAAGACAUUGAACUCAGCCCAAAGUAUUCAAUGUUACUUUUAGGGGUUCACGAUGCACUUGCAAUGGAGCCUUUGGAUGUAUUCAUUGCCGCAUUGCUCGAGUCCUUCCGGAUGGUCUUUACUGAUAGAUAUACUGUGGUAAUUCACAACGAAGGGCACGGUCGCGAACCCAUUGAUACUAAUCAUGAUCUUUCUCGAACUGUAGGCUGGUUUACAACCCUGACGCCAAUUCAUAUGCCAGUAGCACCUGAGGAGCCCACCGACAUCGUCAGCACUAUUCAAUGGGUGAAAGAUCUUCGCGAGAGGAUUCCGGACAAGGGUCGGCCAUAUUUCGCAUAUCGAGUCUUAGCUGAAGAAGGCCAAGAAAGAUUUGCGGGACACUGGCCAGCUGAAGUGACUUUUAAUUAUCUUGGGAGGAUGAAGAACCUUGAACGCAAGGAUGCAUUACUUCAGAAGAUGGAUGGAAUUUCAACAACUGAUGUGGGGCCAGACGUGCCUCGUUUCUCUCUGUUUGAGAUCACAGCAACAGUUGCAUCGGGUACUCUCAAGCUAUCUUUCGGAUUUAACAGACACAUGAAGCGACAGUCCGAGAUCAAACGCUGGAUAUCCCAAUGCCACCAGAUGCUCGUCGAUGCUGUUGAUCAGCUUCUCCAACUUCGGCCAGAACCCAGCCUCGGCCACUUCAGGCUCUUGCCGCUCUCAUAUAACGGCAUGUCUAAAUUAUCGGCAGUGCUGCCAUCUGGAAUAUCUUUAGAUGAGAUUGAGGAUAUCUAUCCUGCUUCUCCAAUGCAACAAGGCAUUCUUCUAUCUCAAUUGAAGCACCCCGAAAUGUAUGCAUAUCAUUGCAUCUUCGAAGUCAAAGCAACGGACCUAAGCCAGCAGGUAGAUCCUAGACAACUUGAAGAUGCGUGGCAGGCCGUUGUUCAUCGACAUCCAGCAUUGCGAACUGUAUUCAUCGAAAGCCUCUCUAAAACCGGCCUUGUAGACCAAAUCGUAUUCAAGGACCAGUCAGGAAGGGUCUCAUGGCUUCUGGAUUAUGAGGAUGCUGACGCUGCUCAACUGUUAAGGACUCAACUUGCCGUCGACUACCGAGAAUUCCGACCACCUCACUACCUGACAAUCUGCAAAACAAAGCAAGACAAAGUGUGGGUCAAGCUAGAAAUGAGCCACGCGAUUUGUGACGGAAGUUCCAUUCCAAACAUAUUAUGCGACCUGGCUCGUGCAUAUGAUGGCACCCUAUCUCGGUCUGAUUCCGGCCCUCUGUAUAGCAACUUCAUCUCGCAUAUCCUCUCCAGCUCGAGAGAUGCCGAUAUUAACUACUGGAAGGCGUACUUAUCGGGGGUUGAGCCUUGCAACUUCCCCACACUAACAGAUGGCAAGCCCAAACCACACGAGCUCGGAUCCUUUGAAGUUCACAUCACCGAUACUGCUAGUGUUCAGGCAUUUUGCAAACAGCAAGGCGUCACAUUAUCUAAUGUACUUCAGCUUAGUUGGGCUCUUCUUCUUCACUGCUAUAUCGGUGCUUCAGAUGUCUCUUUUGGAGUCGUGGCGUCAGGUCGUGACAUCGCCGUCAGCAAUAUCGAAGAGGCCGUGGGUUGUUUCGUGAACAUGCUCAUCUGCCGCCUUAACUUCACGGAUGACACUCGGGUUUCUCAGCUCCUGGAACAACUUCAGACUGAUUCAGUCAAUGCAAUGGCGCAUCAAAGCUGCUCCUUGGCGGAUGUUCAACAUAAACUCCAACUACCAUCACUCUUCAACACGGUGUUCACUUUUCAGAGGCGACAGCUAUCACGAGAUCCUGAGAAAAUGUCACUUGUAUAUGAAAAUGUUGAAGCCGCAGACCCAGGCGAAUAUCACAUUACUGUUAACGCUGAUGUCUCCGAGGAAAGAACUAGCAUUGACUUCGGCUUCUGGAAAGACAAGAUUUGCCCAGCCCAAGCUGAAAAUAUGGUCAAAGCAUUUGAGAAAAUUUUUACGAUUAUCGUGGGCUGUGGACACAAAGACAUCGCCGUUGGGGACUUGGAUUUCUCCACGCCUGAGAGUAUGAACCAGAUUAUGUCAUGGAACUCCGAACUUCCAACUCCAGUCCGCCGCUGUGUGCAUGAUCUAAUCCAAGAACAAGCGUUACUGAAACCUCGCUCGUCAAAUGCAGUGGAAGGUUGGGACGGGACUUUCACGUAUCAUGAGUUCGACGAAGUUACGACUCGCGUGGCAAUUCACCUCAAUGCUCUUGGGAUUUCGGCAGAGACAUUUGUCCCAAUCCUCUUCGAGAAAUCUUCUUGGGCCAUCAUCGCCAUGAUCAGCAUCCUGAAAGCUGGGGGGGCCUAUGUCCCAUUAGAUCCGAAACAUCCACCAAACCGCCUAAGGCAACUUAUUAGGGAUGUUAGUGCGCAGAUUGUCUUAUGUUCCCGAAACUACGCCCCUAAGUCGAGCGAGAUUGCAACAAAUUCGGUCAUCAUUGACCAACGAGCAGUUGAAAGAUUACCUGCAGCAAGAGGACCAAAGCCAAAAUCGAAUAUUACACCAGAUAAUGCAGCCUAUUGCUUGUUUACGUCGGGAACUACAGGAGUACCGAAAGGCACCAUUAUCACGCAUCAGUCUUUCUGCACAAGCGCAUACGCAUUUACUCAACUCGUGCAUAUUGACUCGUACUCUCGCACUUUCCAAUUCGCUAGUUACACAUUUGACGCAAGCUGCGCAGAAAUCCUUGCUGCUCUCACUGUUGGCGCUACAGUUUGCGUUCCCAGCGAGGACGAUAGGAUGAAUGAUUUAGCUGGCGCUAUUCACAGGAUGAACGCUACAUGGUGUUUCUUAACCCCUUCAGUGCUCGGCACGAUGAAGCCCGAGCGAGUGCCUUCUCUGAAGACUCUCGUUGUUGGCGGUGAACUUGUCCCAGACUCGGUAAUCACAAAAUGGGGCAAGACCACAUGUUUCAUCGAAGCCUACGGACCAUCUGAGACUACGGUUUUCGCAACCUUCAGCUCUAAGUCGACGCCCAAUAAAGAGAUUAUUGAUACUAAUGGUAAAAAUAUCGGUACUCCAUCCGGAUGUCGCCUGUGGGUUGUCCAUCCUCGAAAUCACAACAAACUCAUGCCGAUUGGCAGCGUCGGUGAAUUGGUCAUUGAAGGUCACACCGCUGCUCGUGGGUAUCUUAGUGAUGACACAAAGACAGCCAGUGUCUUUAUCAAAAACCCCGCUUGGGCAGCUACCCUUUCUCCACAUGACGGUCCAUUCGAAACAGCCAAAAUGUACAAAUCUGGAGAUCUAGUACGAUACAAUUCGGAUGGUUCUAUUAACUUCAUCGGUCGAAAAGACACUCAGAUUAAACUCAACGGCCAACGAAUCGAGCUCGGCGAAAUUGAGUUCCAAGUCAAGAGUAAACUUCCAGAAGGUAUUCAGUCUGCGGUGGAGCUUGUCGCUCCAGCAAGCCGAAAUUCCAGCAAAGCUCUAGCUAUCUUCUUCUCUUUAGAAGGCAAUCGACAAAGAGGUUAUACAGAUGGUAUCCAACCUGUGUCCUUUGAGCUUCCAGCCGCUGAUGAACUCCUGCUUCCUAUGAGCGAUGAUUCGCGAGAUCUCUGCAAAAUGCUAGAGAAUUCUCUCGCUAGCGUACUACCAUCGUAUAUGAUACCGUCGAUUUUCCUACCAAUCGCAAAAAUGCCAUGGUCCACAUCCAGUAAGCUGGAUCGUGCUAGGCUCCGAAAUCUCGUUCAGAAUCUUUCAAAGGAUGCUUUGGCACCAUAUCGACUCACUAACUCUGCUUAUAAAAAGAAACCUAGGACAGAACUGGAGAGGAAGUUGCAAAAGCUGGUGAGCUCGGUGUUGAACUUACCAGUCGCAUCUGUGGGCAUCGACGACAACUUUAUCCGGCUGGGCGGUGACUCUAUAGCUGCAAUGCAACUCGCCUCAGCAGCACAAGCAGAUAAUAUAGACAUAUCAGUCAUCGAUAUCUUCAAGCACCCGAAAUUGUCCGACCUCGCUGCUGGAUGUAAACUCGCUAAGAAAGGCGCAGAUACUACACUAAGAAUCGAGCCGUUCCAGCUUCUCAAAGGUCCUUUCAAUUCUUCAAUUCUAGACGAGCUUUCUGAGCAGUGCUGUGUGUCCAGUAUCAAGAUUCACGAUGCAUAUCCUGUUACUCCACUACAAGAAGCAUUCGUUACCCUAUCUACCAAGCAGCCUGGUGCCUACGUCGCUCAACACAUCCUAGCACUAUCCGCAGCCGUGGAACUUAGGAAACUUAAAGCGGCGUGGGAGAAGGCCGUGCAGGAAAUUGAUCUUCUUCGGACUCGAAUUGUACAGACCAAGUCCGGUGCUUUAAUUCAAACUGUGCUCGUCGAGGAUCCCAUUCGCUGGCUUGAAGCCUCUACACUUGAAGAGGCGCAAGGUGUGGUAACCCAGAUUCCGUCACAACUCGGCGGGCAGCUUUCAGCUUACACCAUCAUUCACACCGAGUGGAAUGAGCGCUACUUCGUCUGGACCCUUCACCAUGCACUUUACGAUGGCUGGUCGAUACCAUCCAUGCUUCACCGGGUAGAGCAAAUCUACCAUGAUGGCUUUUCUACCGUACCAAGGACUCCAUAUACCAAAUUCAUGAGAUACCUCAUGGACGCAAGUCGUGAUGACUCGAGACGAUUCUGGAAGGACCAUUUGGCAGGCGCAGCCCCAUAUCAAUUUCCACAGCAGCCUCACUCUGUCAUAGAUCAGUCCCCAAAUGGUCAGGUCUGGAGCCAUAUCGCCCACAUUCCGUCCAAUUGCCAUAGCGAUAUCACUCUGCCGACAGUCAUUCGAGCUGCGUGGGCACUCCUCAUUUCCGCCUACACCGGUACGGGUGAUGUCGUUUUCGGCGAGACUCUUACAGGGAGAGACAUUGAAGUGCCAGGAAUCACUGAGGUCUGUGGUCCCACAUUGACCACCGUGCCAACUAGAGUCAAAAUUGAUCUCCAAAGCACUGCGCUGGAUCUUCUGCAUAGCAUCGCGAAAGUUGCCGUUGACCGAAUACCCUAUCAGCACACCGGCCUCGCAGAAAUAAAGCAAAUUGACUCCGACACGGCUGCUGGGUGUGAGUUCCAGAACUUGCUUGCGAUUCAGACUAGUGGCCAGCAGCCUGCGGAGAAGAUAUGGAAGUUCCACAACAACGGAAUUCAAGCGAACUACUUUACAUAUCCGCUAGUAGUUGAGUGCAAAGCAGGGCAGUCCAGCGUUGACAUCACGGCUUACUACGAUGAGAACGUCAUAUCGCAGUGGCAGGUGCAGCGCAUGCUCUACCAACUUGACUCGGUCCUAAAGCAGCUCGCAUCCACCAGCAGCCUUCGCGACAUACGGGUCUUCAGCGAACAGGACAAGGACCUUCUACGCCAGUGGAAUUCUCACGAGCCGGUAGCGGUUGACGAGACAAUCCCCUCCUUGUUUUUGAAGCAAGCCUCAUCGAGGCCACACGCCACCGCUGUGUCCGCCUUCGAUGGAGAAUUCACAUACGCAGAGCUGAAGGAUUUCAGCUCUAGGCUAGCUUUGCAACUUGUUAAAUUGGGCGUCGGGCCUGAGACUCUAGUGCCGCUGUGCGCAGACAAGUCAAAAUGGGCUGUAGUUUCCAUGAUAGGUAUUUUGAUGGCAGGUGCGGCAUAUGUGCCGCUGUCCCCCGACCAUCCAACUUCGAGACAUCACCAGAUCAUCCAGGACUGUGGUGCUUCAGUACUGCUAUGCUCACCUUCCUACAACAGUCGUUUUGUCAGCAUUAUCAGCAAAGUCCUGCUCGUCGGGGAGACCUCGAUUCGCCAGCUUCCCCCUCGCCACGGCGGCGUCCCAUUACGAGCAAAAUGUCACAACGCCUGCUAUGUUUUGUACACAUCUGGCAGCACGGGGGCUCCAAAGGGUGUCGUCAUCGAACACCGAGCUAUUGCAUCCAGCUCAGCCGCUAUUUGCAAAGCCCUGCAGAUGAACCAGUCCUCAAGGGUCUUCCAAUUUGCGUCUUUCGCCUUUGAUGCAUCCGUCAUGGAGAUUUUGACGACCUUGACCUGUGGCGCUACCAUAUGCAUUCCUUCUGAACAGGAGCGGACUGCAGAUAUUACUUCCGCUAUCAAUAACCUGAAGGCGACGUGGACUUGUCUAACCCCCUCGGUCGCCAAUGUUAUCGACUGUCCAGAGUCUGUCCCCACUCUCGAGACUCUGGCUGCUGGCGCCGAAGCUAUGACUCCAGAGACUAUUGCGAAAUGGAGCUCCGGUCUACGACUGUUUAAUGCAUGGGGACCGACAGAGGCUUCUGUUGUUGGGACUGCGAAUGACCAGGUUACUCACAAGGAUCCAUCGAACAUCGGUCAUGUAUUAGAAAGUGGGAGGGCCUGGAUUGUCAACCCAGAGGACCCACACCAGCUCGCUCCACUUGGAGCUGCAGGCGAACUUUGUAUCGAAGGGCCGCUGCUCGCGAGAGGUUAUCUUAAUAAUCGCGAAAAGACUGCGGAAGCCUUUGUAGAGAAUCCUUCGUUCAUGAAGGAGUUCACGUCUUCAAAAACAGCAGAGUCGCGCAUUUAUCGGACUGGAGAUAUUGUCCAAUACGCACCGGACGGCUCACUUCGCUACAUUGGACGGAAGGAUAACCAAGUCAAGCUCGCGGGCCAAAGAAUGGAGCUCGGUGAGAUCGAGCAUCACUUGCAGGCCGAUACGCAUGUUCGGCAAGCUGUCGUCAUUAUACCGAAGUUAGGGCCAGGAAAGAGGAAGCUGACUGCGGUAUUGACCAUUCACCGACCAACUUCAGAGCCUGCGAUUCAGGAACAAUCUUGGAGUACGCCAUUGAAUCACCCAGAUAACAUCCGCCGAUUGAACGAAGCGCAGAGUCGACUCUCGGAUUUAGUGCCAUCGUAUAUGGUGCCUUCCAUAUGGAUCGCGGUUUCCAAUAUUCCCACUUUGGCUUCGGCCAAAUUGGAUCGGAAGCAAGUCGGUGCAUGGCUGGAAGACAUGAGUGAUGAGAGCUACAGCGAAAUAUUAAACCAGGAAAGCGGCUAUGAAUCCAUCAUUCCAGUGACAGACACCACUAAUCUCCUCCAAACCCUUUGGGCCAAGGUUCUCAGCCUUCCAAUCGAACAGAUCAAGUUGAACAAGUCUUGGCUAUCGCUUGGUGGAGACUCAAUAACGGCGAUGCAGCUUCUAGCUCGCUGCAGAAAAGAAGGUAUCAAUCUCACCCUAAACCAAGUUCUUCGAAGCAAGUCAAUUUCGCAGCUUGCCGAAAGUGUUGGCUACCUUCAUAGCUCUGCAGAUCACCCAGCCGAGCAGACGGAUAAGUCAUUCGAUCUUUCACCCAUCCAACACAUGUAUUUCCAAUCCAUUGGAGACGAAAGGAACGUGCACUUCAACCAGUCCUUUACACUUCGCCUUUCGCGCAAGUUGGACUCGGCGAGCCUUAAAAUGGCAUUGGGCGCCAUUGUGAAAUGCCACACCAUGCUUCGUGCGCGUUUCUUCAAGAAUGAGAUUGGAAUAUGGCACCAAACCAUUACAGCUUACUCUGAAAACGCUUACGGAUUCAAAUCCCACGACGUUCCAUCCUUUUCCCGCAUUCCCGAACUAGUCUCAAGUACACAGAAGACUAUUGACAUCGUAAAUGGGCCAGUCUUUAUUGUUGAUCUCUUCAACAUCCCUUCUGAAGAUCAGAUCCUGUUCUUAGCAGCCCAUCAUCUUGUCAUUGAUGUUGUGAGUUGGAGGACCAUUAUUGGGGAUCUGGAAGAAUGCCUCAAUACGAGAUCGUUUGAUUCUCUUCAAAGCGCAUUCUCAUUCCAAGUUUGGUUGGAAAAGCAGAAAGAGGAUGCUCUCCAGCGAGUACAUAUCGAUGGCUCCCAAACUGAGCAAUAUUCUGUACCACCAACAGACUUGUCAUACUGGGGCAUGGACGAACGCCAGAAUCAGUAUGGCGAUGUUGAGCGAGACUCUUUCUUAAUGGACGAGCGCGUUUCAGCUAUGGUGCUCAAUGAUCACGUAAUCUUCCGGACUGAUGCUGUUGAUCUCUUCCUUGCUGCCAUCAUCCACUCCUUCUCUCGCAUAUUCAUCAAUCGACCGACUCCGACUGUCUUCAAUGAAACGCAUGGGCGCGAACCAUGGGCGUCAAGCAAUAUCGAUCUUUCCAGAACCGUCGGGUGGUUCACUACGAUGUACCCUUUGCAUAUACCCAUCCAAGAGGACGAAGAUGACGUGAUCCAAACCGUACGCAAGGUUAAAGACUCUCGGAGAAAGAUAUCUGGCAAUGGCCGCCCCUACUUCGCUCAUCGCUACCUUACGGAGGAGGGCACAAAGCGAUACAUGAACCACAUGCCCAUGGAAUUGCUCUUUAACUAUCUUGGCAAGAUGCAACACCUUGAGUCUGAGGAUUCGCUGUUCCAGUUCGCACAGUUCAGUGAAGACGAAGAGGCCAAGAUGUCUGACUUUGGCGCCAAGACGGGACGCCCAGCGCUUCUCGAAAUUUCCGCAUCUGUCAUCCGCGGUCAAAUUCAGUUUUCGUUCAUGUACAACCGUUGGAUGAAGAACCAGAAAGGCAUUCGUCGAUGGAUUGCUGAGUGCCAACGAACGCUCGAGGAGAUAGUGAACAAUCUCACCAGGAUUGAAAAUCCGCAGCCAACACUAGCAGAUUUCCCAUUGCUACCUCUAGAGUCGUACGACAGACUACAACGCGUCGUUCAGACCUUCCCGUCUGCUGGAAUUCUUUCCUACGAGCAAGUCGAAGAUAUGUAUCCCUGUGUAGCGAUGCAAGAAGGCAUGAUCCUGAGCCAAAUUAAAGAUCCGGAUUCAUACCAGUCAUUUUCCACUUUCGAGAUCAAGUCCAAGGAUGGCAGAAUUGAUGUGCAAAAGGUAGCUACCGCUUGGCAAAAGGUCGUCAAUCGACAUCCGGCUCUUCGUACAGUCUUUAUCGAUAGCGUCUGCCGUGGCGGCGUUUUUGACCAGCUCGUCAUCAAGAACCCGGAUAGCGGCAUCCUCAUUUACUCUUGUGACGACUCCGAAUUGACAGCGAAAUUGACGUCGAUCAAAUACAAUCAGCUAAAUGGCAAGAAACGGCCACGAUUACCUCAUCAGUUCACCAUCAUCCAAACAACAUCCGGAAGAGUAGUCGCGAAGAUGGAAAUUAAUCACUCUGUGAUAGAUGGAGGAUCUCACGAUGUUAUCAGGCGGGAUCUCGAGGCUGCGUAUGAAGGUCGAUUGACGGACGACGAAGGACCCCUUUACAGUGACUACAUUAAAUAUCUUCGUAGUCUGCCGGCUGGUACGGCUGAAGCCUAUUGGAAGGAGCAUCUGCGUGGAGUUCAGCCUUGCUACUUCCCCAUCGCACCACAGCAUUCUUUUAAGCAGCGGCAGUUGCAUUCGGUAUUAUUGGAUUUUGACCGAUAUGCUGACUUACAAAAGCUUGGAGAGAGAAGCAGCGUUACUCUCUCGAACAUCAUGCUCGCCGCUUGGGCAGUAGUGCUGCGAACCUACACCGGUUCCAACGAUGUAUGCUACGGCUACCUGACGUCUGGCCGUAACCUUCCAAUCGACAACAUCCAGGACGCGGUCGGAGCUUAUAUCAACAUGUUGGUAUCUCGUAUUAGUUUGUCACGGUCCCAAUCUCUACUAGAUGUCUUUCAGAAAGUCCAGAGUGAUUUUAUUGAAAGCUUGCCUUAUCAACACUGCUCCUUGGCACAAUUCCAGCAUGAUCUCGGACUUUCUGGGAAAGCUCUCUUCAACACUGCUGUUUCUAUCCAAAAUCAUAGAGCUGCGGAAUUCAGCUCCACCCGGGGAUCAAACAUCGAAUUUGAGCAUAUAGAUGGAUUCGAUGCCUCCGAAUUUGUGAUUACGGUGAACAUAGAAGCGUGUCGUGGUGAUGAGGCGGUUCUCUUUACAUACUGGACGGAUUCAAUCUCCGACGGCGAAGCCAAAAAUAUCUCAACAACGAUGGCGAAGAUCCUACGCGAGGUUCUGAAUGACGCGAACCAAACAAUCUCUGAACUUGACGCAGCGAUCGCGGAGAAGCCAAGGGCUGAGUUCAGACCCCCGGCCCCGAGACUAAGUAGACCACGGCUUUCAUUGAUCGACUCAGAUCCCCCUGUGAUGCUUCCAGCAAUUCCUAAGAUUGAAGCGCCCUCAGUAUCUAAGCCCAUGCCAUUUAAUACUCCUGAUUGGAGCAGCCUUGUAAGAAAAAUUGUCAGCGAAAUGGUUCCUCAGAUUGUCGACCAGGUUCUCUCAAAGAACAAGCUUGUUCCAGCGCCCACUGCUGCUACUGUCACGGAAAUGACAAACCAGAUGGCUGGUAUUCUUAGCAGAAAAACAUCACAGUCACUUCGCGCUAGACCAAGCCUCGAGACUGGUUCAAUCCGAUCUCGGCGCAUGAGCGUCGCUAGUGAUACUGAGAGCCGGAUCAACUUUGCUGCUGAUAUGGUUGCUGCAGCUGGUGUUAUAGCCACCGAAGCAUUGAAGAGUGUGCCGCCAAAUUUUGUAGAGAAGAAGUUGUUGACACUGUGGAGUGAGUUAUUAGAUAUGGUGGAAGACUCUAUUGGGAAUGAUGAUAGUUUCUUCCAAUUAGGCGGAGAUAGUAUCAUCGCGAUGAGGCUUGUAGGAGCCGCAAGAGAAGAGGGCUUAUCUAUGACGGUAGCGGAUGUGUUUAAAAAUCCUACAUUUGCAGACAUGGCCAGAGUGGUUCGAGUAGCCGGUGAGGUCAUUGACCAAGUGAUGUCCCAAGCUGGUGGAGAACCGUCCGCUGCGAAAGAUACAUCUGCCGGCAAUUUAAAUCCGUCCCUUCAACUACCGGAACGAACUACUUCGGCAUGGAAAGACUUUCAAUCUCUUGUUUCUGAACAAGCCAUUACUGACGACGAUGAAAACGGCGGGAGGUUGCCUUCUGAUAGAAAGGGUCGUGAGCAAACCGACCAAAUAUUAAAAAAAUGGCAAGGGUUUGCUUCGAACCUUCAAUCCACUGUCCCGCCGCAACGUUUGCCUAGCCAGAAACGCCAGAUAGCUCGACCAGUGCAGACAGUUCAAGAAAAUCCGUCGGCAAGCAAGUCGGUCUCGCUUCUUGGAGACCCAAGCGUAGAUAAAAUCAUUUCCAAAGUCCAAGUUUUCAAAGGCGGGAUAUCCGAUGUCCUAGCUGUCACCGACUUCCAGAGUCUCGCAAUCACUGGUACGCUGCUUGAGUCUAAGUGGAUGCUGAACUACUUCUACCUCGAUGGCCAAGGGCCCCUAGAUCUCCGAAAGUUGAAGCAGGCUGCCUUCCGUCUUGUUCAAGCGUUUGACAUCCUCCGGACGGUCUUUGUGCCCUGUGGUGAUCGAUUCCUUCAGGUUGUGCUUCGAAAGCUCCAACCUGACUUCGUCUUCCAGGAUACGGAUCUUGAUCUCGAUACGUUCACCGAAGACUUGCGGCAGAAGGAUCGUGAGCACGGCCCCCGCCUUGGUGAGACAUUCGUCCAGUUCAUUGUCGCUAAGCAGAAGAAAACUGAGCAUAAUCGCAUUUUCAUGCGAUUGUCUCAUGCACAGUAUGAUGGAUAUUGCCUACCGAAGAUUCUCGGGUCUCUUCAGGAUGGAUACAACGGCCUUCCUAUUUCGUCAGCUCCCAGCUUCGGAAACUAUGUCCGGGAAUCUGCCAAGACAGUUGUUGGUGCCCACGGCCAUUGGAGAGAGGUUCUUCGAGGUUCCAAGAUGACUGAAAUUGUUCAUCGCUACGGUCCGAACUAUCAGCGAUCUGCUGGCCGAACGGUCACCUUAAAGCAGAUGCUCACAGUCCCGACUCUAUCUCAUAUCAAUAUCACUAUAGCUACUGUUAUGAAAGCUGCCUGGGCAUCAACCCUCGCUCGUAUUGCCAGCUCAUCCGACAUUGUCUUCGGACAUGUCAUUUCCGGUCGCAAUGGCUGUGUUCCGAACGUCGAGAGUAUCAUAGGUCCUUGCUUGAACAUGGUACCUGUGCGAGUUGUAUACCGGCCCAAAUGGACGGUACUUAAUCUACUUGUCUACAUCCAAGAUCAGCAAAUCGCGAACAUGCAAUACGAGUCGCUAGGCUUCAGAGAAAUCACGCGAAAUUGUACAGAUUGGCCAGAUUGGACAACCUUUUCCAGUGUUCUCCAGCACAACCAGAACAUUCAUGAAGACGGUGCGACACUACAACUAGGUGGCAUCGAAUACAAGGUCGGCGCUGUUGGCUCGCAAGAAGAUUUUGCCGACUUCUCCAUUCUUUCAGCCUUCAAGGGCGGAGAUCAGUUGGAAGUCACCCUGACGUAUGCGCCCAACAGCACCAUCACAGCAAGCUAUGCCCAAAACGUCUUCGACAUGCUCUGCGCGACGACCAUCACCUUCGCUGAGGAUCCAUACGCCCUUCUUCCAUCACCCUCGGAAUUGGCCUCACAAUCCUCAACAACGUUAUCUUCAAUAGCGCACAAGAAAUCUAUGGACAAGCAAUCAGUGAUUCUCCCCACUGACACAGGUCUCUCCAAACACGAAGUCAACAUCCUUGCCACCACCCUUCGCUCGGCCUGGGAGCAAAUUCUCCGCGAUAAUCGCGGCAGUCCGACACAAGUCGAGCUCAACUCCAACUUCUUCGAACUGGGAGGCGAUAUUAUGGGACUAGCGCAGGUAGCUAGUAUCUUGGAUCAAGAGGGCCUGAGAGUCCGAGUCGAGGAUCUAAUCGAGAAAUGUGUGUUUGUGGAGAUGGUGGGGGUGCUCGCCUUAGAGAGGAGAAAGGAGGUGGAGAAGGAGAGUAUGGGACCAUGGGGAGAGAAGGGGCGCAAGAAGGCGGAGGGGAAGCGGGAUGGGGGAAGGGUAGAGGUGGAGAGGAGAGAGGGUGGGUUGGGGAGUUUGGUUAAGAGAAUGAGGUUGAAGAGAAGGGGGACAUAUUUGAAAUAGACUGACAUCAUGGCGAAGAUCUUGGAGGAGGAAAAGGGGCACCUUAGGCCUCAUUUCUUGGAUCUAGAUUCUAAUGUUUGGGCCGUGGCUUGGGCUUGGGAGAUAUUGUUUUGGUUAUACUGUAGGCCCAGAGUCCGUUCGUCAUUCCUUUUGUAAUCACCGCAGUCAGCUGUCCAAAUCCCUUGGUGGCUUGUGAGAUUUUAGUUUUCGAUAUAUUUCAUGAUACAGAUGGUGAAGCCUCCUGUAACCCGUGGGUGAUUUUCCAUCUAUCCUAGCG